AGCGAGAGCGCAGCACACGGCAAGAUAUUGUGUAAUUUGAACGUCCACCCACUGCUUGCCUUGCUCGGCUCUCUAUACCUAAAUCGUUUGAAAGUUGUGGCUAUGAACAGUUAUUGCACUGACUUCCGCCAUAUAUGUUGACUCUCUUUACUACGCAUAUUUUAGUAUUAUUGUGAAAUUUGGAGAUCUAUCUACUGAUUCUCAAUGAUUAUUGUUCCAACGAUUAUUAGUGACCCAUACAUAAUGGCUGACACAACUGCUAAUAUUGAAGACUUGGAAGAUGGAGAAAUAGAAAGCGAAGAGGAAAAUGCCAGUGAACCCCAAAAUACAGUUAAAGGAGAAGAAAAUACACUUGAAAUUUGUGAAGAAGAUAAAUCCCGUCUUGAGAAAGAAGCUACACAAGAUUAUUACUAUUCCAAAUCAGGUAAAAAAAAGAAAUCAAAAUCUAAAGAUCAAAAAUCCAAAGAUAAAAAUAGGAAAAGUCGUAAGUAUGCGAGUCCCUCCGAAGACGAUUUUGCUGGUAACAUUGAGAAGGCUAUUAGAAAGGCUAUGAAUAAAAGUGAUGAUGGAGAAACUUUCCCUGACGACGACGUUGAAGAACGCCGUAAACACAAAAAGCGAAAGAAAAAUGAAGCUAAAGAAGGUCCUAAUAAGAAACGUAAAAAACAGGAAUUCAACGAUGAAAUGGAUGAGAGUGAAAUGAUGUGUAUCAGGGGUGCAUCACCUGUUCAAAAGCCCGUAGAUACCUUUGAAGAGGAUGACAAAGAGUCUUAUGCUUCUGAUAGCAGUCAAGACUCUCGGGGCCCUCAACAUCAUCGUCCGCAGAGGCAUAGGCAAACACAAAGAGAACGCAAUAAAAACAAAAAUGAACGUAGAAGAGGAGCACAUCCAAUGCAAGAUCCUGAUGGUGUUUGUUUGUACUACAUGCAAGGAAAGUGUCAUAAAGGUGAAGAUUGCGUUUUUUCACAUGAUGCACUACCCCCACGAAAAAUGGAACUAUGUAAAUUUUAUCUAAUGGAUUGUUGUGCAAAACGUGACAAAUGUCUUUAUAUGCAUGCAGAUUUUCCAUGCAAAUAUUAUCAUACAGGGCUUCCUUGUGUAUAUAAAGAUGAAUGUAAAUUUGCACAUGGCAAACCAUUGACAGAAAAUUUGAAAAACAUUCUUCUAAAGCAUAUUGAAUCUGCUCCUAAAGAGAUAUUAGGUGAUUUUCCUAGGUUGCAUAGAGAAGGUGCGUUACAAAUGAUCCAAACAACGCAAUUAAAAUUAAUGCAACAGUAUUCUGAGAACCAUGAUGGAGAUGAUAAAAAUAUACCUUCUCUUUUUGAUCUAAACAUACCCAAUCCUCAAAUGAUAAACGAAUCACCAUCGCAAAAUAAUUUUGAUAAAAUAAACAAAGUAUCGCCGAAAGUUAGGCAGUCACGAUGGCAAAACGAUAAUUCAAAUUCAAAUUUUUCUGCCAAUAGUACCCCGCAAGGCAAUAAUUUGAACACGACAAAUGUAUUAAAUAUAAAAAAUUUAACUGGGGUUCUUACUCCUCGACAGAUUUCCGACCUCACUAAAAUGGGCAUUGAAAAUUUAGAUCAAUUAGGACAGUUAACAGUGUUACAGUUAAACAGUAUUGGUAUAUCUUUAAAACAAAUCACUGAAAUACAGUUAAAUACAAUGAGUAUACAAAAAUUGGGGUUGAUAAAUACCAAUCCUGAACAACAAUCACAGCCGUUUAUAUCUGCUACAAGUUCAGCUAAAGAUUUAGACUUAAGAGUGCCACCCAUAGUUCCAGUAAGUAAUAGUGUUACGUUACCUUCAGAUUUUCCUGGGAAAGAUGUUGAUAUGCGCUUUCAGACAGCAGUGUCUGUUCCAGCAAUAGACGACGUAAAUCACGUCAUGCGAAAAGAUUUACAGUCAAAGGACAUGAUAGACAUCGAUCAAUAUACAAAAGAUGCUUUGAAAUUUGCAUCUAAAGAUAAAGAGAACAUUGAUAUUUCGAAUGAAACAUAUGAUAGUGAUAAGUCUAUUCUAAAUGUUGAAACAAAAGAUGUAGAUCACCGAGUACUUCCAUUUUCAGAUGAUGCCCCUAGAAUAAUUCAUACGUCUAUAGAAAAUACGUCUGUUGUAAAGAAAGAAUGUGAUACAGAUAUUAGGUUCUUACAACCGGAACCUAUAUUUAAAAAUCCUGAAAAACGACAUCGACGUUCAACUACUGAUGAUGAAGACAACCUAUUAAUUGACGAAAAAUGGUAUUCAAGCGAUGAAGAGAAAGGAAUAAAAAAGAGAUCUCCCGCUUCAUCACCUCGACCAUCUUCAUUAUCACCGCAGGCUCCAGCCCCACAUGUUAUCGAACCUUCGGCUGUUUUGAGUAGGCUUGGUGAUCUCUCUAAAAUAGAUAUAAGUGAAGAAGUAACUAAAUUACUGAACACUAUGAAGAAUAAUCUACAUGAUGCUAAAACUGACAUAAACAAUGAAACAAUGAGUUCUCCAAAAUCAAGAGAUCCAAGAUCUAGGAAGUCUCCAGAUAAGGUUAGUGAAUUAAGUAAGACAUCUAAUAAUAAACCUGCUCGAAUAUCUAUUUAUGAGUGCGUUGACGGUGAACCUACUGAUGGUCGUAGAAGAACAGACGUAGAUUUACGACAACCUGAUUAUGCACUUCCAGCUUUUGGUGAUACUGAUUUAAGACAAAGUACGAGUGGGGAUAUUGAUUUUCGAUUAAGUUUACCGUUUAAACCGAUACCCAAUUACACACCAGCUUCAGAAAUUAAUGGAUCUAUCAGUAAUCAUCCUCCUAUUACAUAUAAACUAAUACCUAUAGACAUACCAAGGCCAGAUUAUACGGAUAUUAGAAAUAGUACAGCCAAGUCGCAAGCUCUAGUAGAUCCUAGAUUAAGAAAAGUUUUUAGAUUGUCAUUAGACGAAUCAAAUAGUGAUAGCGAAAAAUCAAGCAAGCCUGCGAUGCCCGCUGCACCAAGAGUUGAUCCUCGACGUAAGCCUAAUAAUCCGAUCGAUAAUAUUUUGAGUCAGGAACCAAAAUCUAAUGCUUUAGAAUUACAAAAUAUUUUACAAAAUUCUAAUUGGUAUAAAGAUCUUAGCUCCACUCAAAAGAUAUUUGUAAAUCAGCAUUUAGCCCCUAUUACCCAAAUGAUUAAACAAUAUCAACAGGAGAAACCGCUCGGGAAAAAAAUAGAUAUAACAGGAAUACAAACCAAUAAUGUUUUGUGUAAUAUAUUUGCAAAUUUAGGGGUAUCUUUGGACGAAAAUGGCGAGUUCUCUUACUUGCCAAAACCGAAAGAGGCGUUGUUAAAAACACCUGUUAAUUUCAAUCAAAAUACUAAUCCAUUUGGCAUGAACAGCAAUAUGCAAAUGAACGCUGGUUCCAUGGAUGGAAAUAACAUGAACUUAAUGAACAUGUCAGCUAUGAAUAUGGGUGGUAUGAACAAUAUGAACGUCGGCCCCAUGGGUGGCUUUAAUCAAUCAUUACCGGAUCCUAGAGCAGGACCUACGCCAGGUUUAUUGGGUAUAGCGCCUAAUAUUCCACAUAAUUUUAAUAACGCGAAAUUUGGUGGGCCUAAUAAUUUUGGUAAUAUGCCGUUUAAUGGACCAGGCUCUAUGAAUGAUUUCAAUUUCAUGGAGGCAGAACAAAACUUUCCUAGAUUUCCCAAUCGGGGAGGACAUCGGGGCCGCGGUAAUGAGAGAUGGAAUCGUGGAGGUGGUGGAAGAGGUCAUAGAGAUCGGAAAAACUUUAACGAUCGUGGUGGUAAUUGGAAAAAUGAGAGACACUAAUUUGUAUGUACAUAAGUUUUUUUUGCAGUACACAACAUAAGAAAUAAAUUUAAAUUAUUUUUAUGAAUUAACUAGCGUAGUGAAUUAAGUAGUAUAUUGUCCUUCCACGUAAAUUACGAAAUGUGAUCAAGGUGAAAUUAGCAAUUGAUCCUAUGGUACACUUUUUUUAAUAAUUUCAAAUAUUAGACUAAGAGGAUUUCUGUAUAAUAUAUUGUAGUGUAAAUAUUUUUUCAAGUGGUAGUUAAAUGUCAAUAUAAAAAGUAAAACUUAAGAUUAUAAAUUAUGUUUCGUGAAAAUAUUGGUUAUUAUGUUAUGGAGUACUCAUUAAGAGCCAAAUGUUUUAAGACUGAAGGCAGACUUACGUUGGUUUUAAGUUUUUCCAGAUAUAUAGUUGCAGAUAUUAUAGCAUAGUGUGAAAAAAAUUUCAAUAUUUGCUACAUGACUAUAGAAAAGUUAGUGUAUUAACAGCUCGUAAUAUUAAUUAACCAAACUUACUUAUAUAUCAAGUAGGUUUAUCGAUUUCAUGGGGAAAGCAAUAUUACCUGCAUAGGAAAGGAAUUCACAAAUUGUUAUAUACAAAUGUACAGGUUUUGGUUAAUUUUAUAAUAAGUAGUAGUAAUGAUGACAGCCUACUCAUUUUAAAAUAAAUUUAUGUUUAUAUACA